GCCGUGCUUAAGGUCGUGGCAGCAGAAGACCAAUCGUAAUGUCUGCAAAUACUACAUUGACUACAUAGAUGCAAUUUUUACUAUUGAUUUACAAUUACAUCUGCAUCAAGAGAGGGUGGAGAAAACACACAUCAUUCAAGAGGCGCAAAUAAUAAGAAAGCUCCAAGGCUGUCUUGAACGAUGGUCGCCGCUCCGGGUGGUCGACCGCGAUCCGCUCCAGGUGCCAGGCCACCACAGCAGCGAGGGGUACCGGAGACUGCAUCAGCAUUAUGGCUUGGUGUAACGCGUAGGUAGCGUCUUUGGUAGUGUAUCCUGAUUCCCAUAUUCUUGGUACUUCUAGAAGAACUCUGUUGGAGUUUUGGUGUCAAGGCAGAAACAGAAACAGGAGAAUCGGAACCAAGAGCGCUGAAUCAGGCUCCAUGCUCCUCUAAGAUUUACGUCCAGUACAGCAGCCCAACCCGAAAGUAAAGUGCUUUCGGGCAGAGAACGACUGGCUGAUGUCGAAUACAUGGAGGAUCUCGUCUACAACAGCCGCCGCGAACUACAAAUACUCGAAGCAACCUGCCACGCGACGCAUGCGGAGGUAGAGUUAAAAAAAUAAUGUCUGCCUAUUUUUGGAAGUACCUAGUAGCGCAUUCUUUUUCUUUACGUUAAUACUUCUUCAGGCCUCAAAUCUAUCGUGACCAAGGUAUGCGCCUUGGAAGAAACCGAGUACAGAAAAGACAUGCAGCUAGUGGACAUGCUUCUUACAGCAAAAGUGACCCCUCCAUAUACCAAGGAGAUCGAGAGUAUUCGCAGCGAAUUGGAAUUGCUUGUAUGAGCGUCAUUGACUAGAACUAUUCUGCUCGGCAUGACGAGUGUCUGCCUUUGAUGAUUGUGCCAUCUUCAGUAGGAACAAGCAAAGGAAUAGACACUACAAUGAAGAAUGAACAAACAUGGAACAAAAUAUUUUCCUAGUUGUAGACUCGACUACAAUUUCUUCAUGGACUUCAUCACAAAAUAGAAGUUUCCUCUUUAUUGUGCUUCUAAUCCUCGCAGAAGCGAAGAAGAAGACGAGUGAGUUGCGGGAGCGGGUGGAGGAGCGCGAACGAGCGAUUUUGAGCAUAGCGAAACAGCUGAAGCAAAGUCGAGCAGCACAGUUGGAAGAUGAAGUCGCGAAGCUGCAGGAGCUUGUCAAAGCCACGAAGAUCCAAUACGAGCAGUUCUGUAAUGAUCUUAUCGUAGGUUUAUCUUGUCUUUCUUUGGUUUUUUUCGUGUUGGAUUCGGUGUAGGUACAACUAGGAGUAAGAAAUUUGGAUUAAUAGCAAGAAGAGUAAGAGAGAAUGAGAGGAGGAAUAGACAAAAAAUCCGUAAAUCACAAAGGUGACGAUUCGCAUUUGGCUAGAACGCGGCAGAUGCAUGCAUCGAUACAUCGUAGCUGGGCCGAGACGCACCGGCUUCAGACGCAGCUCAGCGCAUUUUUCAGCAAGCAAGCAAAAUGUAUGAAAUGCAAAUGGCUAAAGUUAGUAGUGUUAAUCUACGAGCCCGGAUACUUGAAGCUACCUCCGUCCCAAAUAUCGUAUCUCACUAGGUAGUCGUAGACGUAGUGUUUUUACUAGUUAGUGAAUCCUCAUGCACAUGUCAGUACUGCUACUGAGCAGACCAAUCUUCCAGCAUAGACUGGACGAUGUGUCUUUUUUGAUCCUAAAUAAAAUCUUGGUAGUUCUCAAUCUCAUUGGCUUUCUCCUUGCCGUCAUCGCUCUAGGGGAAACCUUUCUUGCCUUUUCCCUUGUCCAGUGUGUGACUUUUCACUACUUCAAGCCAAUGCAAGAAACGCAGGAUAUCAAGCAGAUGCAGAUGACCGAGAACGAAAAGCAGACUGCGGUUCUAAACUUACGAUGCGAGAGCCACAUGGACAUUUAAUCAUAAACUUUCAGUGAAAUAAGUCAAUAAACGACUUUUGAACUACUUUGUAUGUUCUUGUUGUAGAACGGAUUCAAGAUGUAUCUACAAUCUACUCACGAUCAUGAUUUUCACAGAAUGAAGAUGAAGAAGUCAACAAACUGACUCACUGGAUUCAUACUAUUCGAAGAUGGACGAGAUAUUGGAGAAGGAACGGAUUGGGGAGCAACGACUAGAAGAGCAGCUUGGCGGUGUAGAGGAGCGCUUAGAUGCCAUGAAAGAGCGUGCCGCGCAACGCAUGGAGCUCCUUCAACAAAGGCGUGAGCUUGAAAGAUUGGAAGCCAAGAAGCUGGAGAAGCCCCCUCGAAGGGAUCGCGACCACUUCUUUGUCUCGAGCAAAGUCCUGCAUCCAAGCACAGCUUUGCAAUUAUGGUCGAAGUCAACACGAAGCUGCUCGCGUGAUUAGAUUUAGAAGCGCUCCUUUACGACCUUCUGAAAAAUUACUGUCGACACAUAACGGACAACGACAAACAGGAAAAGAAAAUCAGGCUUCUGCUAGUUUGGAUUUGAUGAGCAAUAACAAAUACAAAGGCAGGUACAGGUUGACUCAUUUUUCUACUUUCAGGAAAAGCAAUUAUCUUCUUCUAUCUACUGCUGAGAGUGAGAAUGACAAAGUAGACCGCCUUUCAUACUCCGGAAUUGGUAGUAGCUCUUCUUCCAGCAGCAGUAGCUCAUCCCGAGAAGAGAUGCUUCGUCCACGCCUCCAUCCCGAGCUUCGUAUCGGCCUUCAAGCAAUGCGCAAUAGCCCAGCGUGUCUCGGCGCGCUCUUUGCAGCAGCAAAAGACGGACAGGUAUCCGAGGGAAGCUUUGUCCGAAUAGCCGAGCUCGCGCUGGGUCUAGCUACCGUCAAGCAACUGCGUACUUGCCCUUCUAAUUUGUUUACAACACAGGAACAAACACAAACAGAAACAGGUUGUACGUACCCAUUUCUAGUCGCUUCGAUCCGUUGCUUGCGCGUUCUUUUCUUCAGGCAGAGAGAGGGAAAACUCUCCGUCUCCUCCAGCACAAUAUGAAUAGAUAUAUCGCAUUUUUUUUCUCCUCUUUUCACACUAUUUUAGCUGGCGAGCGCGUACUGAAAUUGUUAAGAAAAGCGGCGCCACAUCUAUUCGAAUCGGGUGAGGGUGGCACUCUUCGCUUGCUAGAUUUCACUGUGUGUCUGUCCUCUUAUCAAGAAGAGAUCGUGCAGAUCGAUGCCCUGAGGGAAGCCACGCGUGCACUGCGAAGAAAAUGCAUAGAGAAAAGGGUAUCAUAUGAUUUUCUGUCAAGAUAUGUCCCUUCGUUGGAGCUCAUCAUUCAUCAUGAUUACGUGUUGCACAUGCUUCUGAUAGCUCUGCAUGUUGACCGAGUAAGAUAUACAACGACCUCGCACGAACUAGUUCUCGUGUGGGUUACAACCUUGAAAACGCCACAAGCACAACAAAUUUACCUGCUCAGGUUUCAGAGAAAGCGGCCAAGGAGGUGUUUUUUCGAAGUGGGGCUACGGGAAUCGGCAGUUUCCUGUUGAAAAUAGACUUGGAACCCAUUUAUAUCGAUCACAUUCUCCAUGUGAUAAAGUCAGUUGGUGGCGCAGCACAGCAACACAAUCUUGGCGCUGCAAAGAUCUGCUGUUCCUUGGACGUACUACUAGUACUAGUUGUCCUUUUCUUUUAUUCUUUCCGACGUUGGCUUUGGCACACACUCUAUAAUCUUAAUCUCUAAGUCUGAUGAAAGUGAGCAGGCGAUUCUUCAUUUUCUGUAGACAGCGGCUUUUUCAUUUCCAUUAUUUAGUUGAAGUUGUACAAUUUUUGAAGGUGAUUUUUACUAGCACGCUCGUCGAUGUUCUUCGAUAAUAAGUAGAUACUUCUAUUUCUACAGCCUUGGCAAGCAACGACAGUGCAGGACGACGUCCAGUUGUGUGACUUCUUCUUUAGCAAUCAGAAGCGCUCGAUAACUGCACACGGGCAGGACGAUUUUGAGCGAAAAAUCGAUAGGCGAGAGACAUACCGAUUAUGAGUCUUAUAAAAUAUUUAAUCAAAGUCCCAACCUCAAGAAGACUGAAGAUACCGUACCGUACGUAUUGGUAUUUAUUUUAGAAACUCAAGGCCGACUAUAAGAAGAAAGUGGUAAUAGUCCUAGCACCAGGUAUGACUACAACGACCUGGCCCUUCCAUUCCCCAUUCAUGGAUACAGCACGAGUUGGAGCAUUUGUUUUGGCUAUUCUCGGACGAGCAAGAGCGAGUAGUCAUAAAGAUGCCCAUGACCAAUGUGACGCCGACGCUUCUGAGCCAGCUGACUCAUGGGAAAUUACCGGCUACCAGAAGCUAGGUAAGCGCCAUGUACCAAACAGGAAUAUAUGUGGUUUUUAUUAGUAGGUCUUUUUUGCGACAAUUGCCAGUGGUUUCUCUUCUGCUUCGAUGAUUGGUUUUGCGGGAAUUCAUGCCAUUUCUCUAUCGUUCAUUUAUAGAUAACUGUGGUUGAUGUUUCCAUGAAUUUCUUUGAAAAACUAGGUAUCAAUUCCUAAAGAAAGUGAUAAUUUUGCCACAGCUUUGGUCUUCAUACCAAAUUAUACAACAACUUAUCACAAUUAUAUCAAAUGAUUCCUCUUUCGGUUACGCGACCUCACCGGACCUCAAUUCGAUCGGUUUUCAUCUGCCUUGGGAGAGGCCGACCCUUCGUAUGAUUUCUUGAUGGAUGAGUUAUACAAAGGGCUUAACGUUGCAAUUGCAUACUGACACUAGAAGUUGCUUCUAUACAAUAAGUAAAAACAAUCCAAAGGUGCUAAUAAGCGCAUGUCUCGAGGAGACGCCUGCGUGCUGUGCACUACACGCUUACAUCAAGCUGCUUAAGCACAAGGACGAUGCUCUUGACUCAACAUCGUGGCAUCGAGGAAGCACUCAAACUCGAUUUACUAGAUCUGAUGACCAUCUUGCUCUUGUCCUUGUGGUCGCCUAUCUUCACAUCUUCUUGAAAAAAAUAUGGAUCUCGGAUUCGC